UUCAAACUCACUUCUUAAUGGCCAACAACCUUUCCUUGCCUAAUUAUUCUUCUUUAUUGAUCUUCAGAGCUCAGCAAUCCUCUCAUCCAUGCCUGGAACUUCUUACUUUUGACUUGCUUCCUUCCGUCCCUCUUCUGUAUUUAAUACACAUAGGAGACUUUUUUGUUUAUUUCUUCUUCUCUUUCAUGAAUUUGUGGAUCUUUGAGAACUCAAGAUCCAUAAUUUCACAACGUUAGCUCUAUCUCUAUUUCUUUUCUCAUUGUUGUUCCAUUGGUUUCAAAGAUUCAUAAAGCUUAGAUCUCUCUUCCCUUCUCCUUCUCUUUUGCUGUUUGCAAAGAUUCACACAUGCAUAAAGUUGGCAACUCUCUCGCUCUCUCUUUCUCUUGUGCCUGCUGUUCCUGUAGGUUCAUAGAUACAGAAAGUUGACAUCUUUAACAAGUUUCUCUCUUCUUCUUGUUGUUUCAGAAGGUUCAUAGAUACAGAAAGUUAACAUCUUUAACAAGUUUCUCUCUUCUUCUUGUUGUUUCAGAAGGGUCAUAAAUACAGAAAGUUAAGAUCUUUGAUUGACUACCUUCUUUUUUUCUCUCCUUGCUGUUUCUCCAAAAGACAAAAAAAAGUUGAGAUCUUGAGAACUCUCCCUGUGUGUUCUACACUUCUACUAGUUAAUCCAAAAGAUUCACUCAUAUGGAUCCAUAAAGUUGACAUACUUGAUAGAUAAGCUCUCUUUUUUUCUCUCUCCCUUGUUCAUGUUCCAUCAUUAGAAGCAUUGAAAGCAGAGAAAGUUAACAUCUUUAAUGGCUUCCACUUCAUUCUCAGUACAAACAUCUUCUCCACCCACCACUGAAGAAGCUUCAAACCCAUCAAUGGCUCUUCUCUCUUCCUCCGACCAAUCUCCAUCUCUUCCAAGACGUUCAUCUCCCUUCCUCUUCUCCACCCUCCUUAUAACCACCUGCAUCUCCACGGCAGCCGCCAUGGCCUUUGCUUUCCUCCUCUUCUCCUCCCCUACCUCCAUCUCCAAUCCUUCAAAACUACAAGUUCGGCCAUUGACAAAGCUCUCCCACCCUGUUGUUCUCCUAAUCUCCUUAGAUGGCUUCCGGUACGGGUACCAGUUCAAAGCCCAAACCUUAAACAUCCAUCGUUUGAUCUCUAAUGGCACUGAAGCUGAACCCGGCCUCAUCCCUGUCUUCCCUUCUCUCACUUUCCCCAACCACUACUCCAUCGUCACCGGCCUUUACCCGGCGUACCACGGCAUCAUCAACAACCACUUCACCGACCCCACGUCCGGCGAGGUCUUCUCCAUGUCCAGCCAUGAACCCACCUGGUGGCUCGGAGAACCACUCUGGGAAACCGUCGUCAACCAUGGCCUCAACGCUGCCACCUUCUUCUGGCCUGGUUCUGAGGUAAAGAAAGGCUCUUGGUUUUGUCCUUCGGAAUUCUGCCACCAUUACAACGGUUCUGUUCCAUUUGAACAAAGAGUUGAUACAAUUUUGAACUAUUUUGAUCUCCCAAACAAUCAAAUUCCUUCUCUCGUGACUCUCUACUUUGAAGAUCCUGAUCACCAGGGCCAUCAAUUUGGCCCUGAUGAUCCUGCAAUCACUGAAGCCAUUCUUCAUGUUGAUGCCAUGAUUGGCAGAUUGAUUGCAGGACUGGAAAAAAGAGGAGUCUUUGAAGAUGUCACAUUGAUUCUCUUGGGUGAUCAUGGAAUGGUUAGCAACUGUGAUAAAAAAGCAAUCUUUCUUGAUGAUUUAGCUCCAUGGAUUGAUGUUCACAGUGAUUGGAUUCAAUCUCUGAGCCCAUUACUCGCCAUUGCUCCACCUUCUGAGUUCUCUGCAGCUCAAGUAGUGAAGAAAAUAAAUGAAGCUCUGAGCUCUGGAAGAGUUAACAAUGGUGAACACAUGAAGAUGUAUCUUAAGGAGGACUUACCGGAACGUUUGCAUUACUCCGAGAGUUAUCGGAUUCCGGCAAUCAUCGGAAUUGUGGAUGAAGGUUAUAAGGUGGAGAUGAACAGAAAACAGAGUGGAAAAGAUUGUGGAGGAGCUCAUGGAUAUGAUAAUGCAUAUUUCUCAAUGAGAACUAUAUUUGUUGGUCAUGGUCCUCGGUUUGCAAAAGGGAGGAAGGUACCUGCAUUUGAGAAUGUUGAGAUUUAUAAUUUGAUUACUUCCAUACUGAAUUUGGAGGGAGCUCCAAAUAAUGGAUCAUUGACUUUUCCUGAUUCUGUUCUUUUGCCUUGUUCUGCUUGAAUCUAGUUUGGUUUCAUGCUGUUUCUGUUGUUUUGAUUAUGUGAAUGUGAGUGCAUAAAUAUUGUUAAAGUUCCAUAAAAAUACAAUGGAAAUGAUGCAAUGAAAUGAUUAAUUAGAGUUUACUAUGUGAA